UGCACUAUAGUUUCUGACACUGUUGUAUGAAUUGUAUGUGUAGUAGGCACUAUCGCCUAGAAAUAUUCUUGUCCUUUUGUGAUAUUCUAUUGUGUCUUCUGCUCAUGUAAUAUAUUUUUUAGAUUUCACAUAAUUACGAGAAAUGCAAGUAAAACAUAGCUUUAAUUCUAAUAAUAUAUGUGCAGUUUAACCUUGGCGAUCAAUAAGUCGAGAAUGAAUUUAACCAGAAGUUUGGAAACACCAAAGGCUUAAGAGAAUGGAUUUGAAUAAAAUAAUGUUAAAAAGAUAACAAUGAGUGCACCGAGUGGGUGUGUCAGCUGCAGUGGUGGGUCGCAGCAGUUUGAAAGUAAACAUGACCCUGAAUGCUCUGAGGGUGAAGAUGCCCAAAUCAGAAUGGCUCCUCAUGUACAAGCAUACCUGGCUCGUAAUAACUCAACCACCAACUGUUGUGGCCUUACUAUACCUAUUGCUUUCGAAAGAGCUGCCCCAGGCACAUGGUGGAAUCCUAGAUUUGAUUCAGAAAUUCUUGAAGGCCAAUAUAGAAGUAGUUCCUUUAGACAAAUAAGAUUAAGAUUUAGAUUUGCACUUUUAUACAUUUUAAUAUUUUCUAUAUCAUGGUUUGUCUACUUUGUGGUCCUUGGCUUGAAUGAUGUGACAGUAAAAUGGCCAUUUUUGUGUUCCCUGUUUGCUGGAGUCCUAUUGAUAACUUGCAUAAUGCUCUUGGUUACCUUUACGAAUUUCUAUAAAGUGUACACGUUCAAGUUGUCUCUGGUUAUGGCAUUAGCUUUAUGUACCCUUAGUUUAUCAUUGGUGACUUUGACGACACAACUUGAAACUAGCUUUUAUCAGGCUGCAGAUAUUAGCCAAUCAGGACAUUUUACAAUGUGCAUUGAAAUACUGCUGAUUAUAUAUACACUGACCCCAUUGCCAUUGUAUGCCUGUGUUAUUUUGGGAAUAAUAUAUUCUAUAGUAUUUGAGGUGCUCAACAUUGUGUUGCAUCUGUCAGAACAAGAAUGGCAAGCUUCUGGAAUGUUUGUAAGGAUUUUACUACAACUUUGUGUACACAUCAUUGGCGUGCAUAUUUAUCUGAUGACCUUUGUGCGAAUGAGAGGUACCUUUAUGAAAGUGGGACAGAGUUUAUUAGUCAGAAGACAACUUGAAAUGGAAAAGCAAUUGAAAGAGAAGAUGAUUCAUUCAGUUAUGCCACCGAAAUUAGCCAGUAAUUUGAUGAAUGAACAAGUGACAGAAGCUGAUACUAAUGUGAAAACUUACCACAAUCCACUUAAUAGUAGGAUAUCAAAUCCAGGAUCAGACAUUAAAUCAUUAUUUAGACCAUUCAACAUGAGCUGUAUGGACAAUGUCAGCAUUUUAUUUGCUGAUAUUGUUGGUUUCACAAGAAUGUCAAGUAAAAAAGGUGCUGAAGAAUUAGUAAACAUUUUGAAUGACUUGUUUGAAAAGUUUGAUGAGUUGUGUCAAAUACAUGGAUGUGAAAAGAUUUCUACUCUAGGAGAUUGUUAUUACUGUGUUUCUGGUUGUCCUGAACCAAGACCCGAUCAUGCAACUUGCUGUGUUGAAAUGGGGCUAGGUAUGAUUGAAGCCAUACAAGAGUUUGAUAGAGAGCGCGGGGAGGGAAUCAACAUGAGAGUUGGAGUUCACACAGGAACUGUUUUGUGCGGUAUUGUAGGAACACGAAGAUUUAAAUUUGAUGUCUGGAGUAAUGAUGUCACAUUUGCCAAUAAAAUGGAGUCAUCAGGAAAACCAGGACGUGUUCAUAUAUCUGAAGAGACAAGUCAGUUUCUGGGUGGAUCUUAUAUAUUAGAAGAAGGAGAAGAAGUGUUUGGUCAUAAGACAUACUUUAUUGAAGGUCGACAAGUAUUUUGCCCGUACGAUCGUGAGCAAUGUCUAACCCCAUCGAAUCCUGUAAACUUACGUCUGAUUAUAUCUCCGGCGGCCUCACCUCAGUCCGCUCUGUCCUCCAACUACUUCACGGCACCACUUACUCCGAAAACCGAGGACAAAUUAAAUUUAAGGAAGCCAAACUCCAAUAACUUCCUUUCGCCGACACCUUUCAAUUUUCGUGCUAAAGCAAGCUCAUUGCCGAGUAUAUUAGAUUCGGAUACUGAGUUAGACGACAACAGAGACAAAGGCCUCACCGAAAGGACAGAUAGCUCAUCGAAAAGUCCAACUUCUGUAGGGAGCUACGGAAAAUACACGAACAAGUUAAAGAAUUGGAAAGUGCCAAGAUUUUUGAGGAAGCACUCUGAUACGCCUCUGCACGGUAUUAAGAAAGAAGACGCAAGCGAUAAAACUAUACAUUUACUCGAGAGAGGGGACGUGUCUGUCUGUGUCCAGUCUAGCAACGGUUACCAGCAAGUGCCUAUCGUAAUAGAAUCUCAGGAUAAUAAGAGGCCUCUUCAGAGCAGCAGUAAAUUAAAUAUACCACAAAUCAACGAGACGUCAUCCUUUGACCGGGAAAUAAUUGAUAUCAGAUCGUAUUUAAGCCAAUCCCGAAGCAACAUGUCCCCCUUUGCUAGGAGCAGCAGUUAUCGGUCACAGCACAGUCGGCAAAAUGCCAUUGAGGUGACGAUUCUGACGAACCAGAUCCCAGUCUGCCGGGCUCGGAGUUCGACCAUAACGACCCAGUGCGACUUGAUCCGGCCAAAGGACCGACGGUUGAACCUCCCGCUGCCGUCGCCGCAGCCGUCACGUCCGCACGAUGACGUCAUCAGCAUCUGCCCUUCGGUCAACAGUAGGAAAGACUCCGGCAUUAGAAGCACCAGCCGAAGAUCCAGCAUACAGCAUCAGAUAUUCGCAUUAAACCACAUCGCGAACUCCCAGAACGACAUGUUGCAACAUCGGGUCUCUGGUUACUACACGUCGAGUCAGUCGUCCCUGAACGAUUUGCAUUCAAAGAGUAGGCUCCCGCCGCCCCUCAACGACCAACAGGUGCAGUCCUUGCAGAAACUGCGCAAACAAUCCGACCUGCAACUGAUACGGUGUGUGCAGGACAACGCCCGGUCCGGGAUCAACUAUUUCGUUCAGCCGCCGAUCAACAGGUUCACGUUGUGCUUCGAAAGCGACGAAAUGGAGAGGCAUUACAGAGAUAAAGCCCACCGGAGCGACGACUGCGAAGACUUACCCCCCACCCUGACCACGUCUAGGUUCAACACUGCCCUCGACAUACUCGUCUCGGCGCUCAUAUUCCUGGCGGUGAGCGCGUCCGCGUUCGUCACGUGCAGCGACUGGUGGCGCAUCGUCGGUUGGUUUGCGUUCUUCGCGGUCAUCGAGCUCGUUGCUAUAGCGCUCUGCUUUUAUAGGCACUAUUUGAAAUGGCAAACCCACCACGAUCCGCGUUCGGUCGCCGAAACAUUCCACGAUUCGUUGAAGAUAUUCAGGAAAUUAUCCGAUUGGUAUCCCUGGCAUCUGUCUGGAGGAUUAAUGAUUAGUUUACCGAUUUUAAUAGUUCUAAUAAAUUUUUCAUGUGAAAAUACAACGUUGCCGAUUCUACGCGGCGAACAGUCUUUCUAUGUUUAUCUGUUGUGCAUUAGCAUCGUGCAUUUCUGCAACUUUACCCAGAUGAACUGGCUGGCGAAAAAUACUCUAGUCACUCUUUACGCCGGUGUGUUCCUCUUCGUGACAUUUCUCGGUUGUCACGAAGUCAAUACUCAAUAUUUGGAUGGUGAUAUUAAAUUGUAUCCUCAAUUUUUAGCUCAAAAUUUAACAGAUUAUUUUUAUCCUAACGAUAAUACUUCCGAUCGUUCGGAAAACAAUAAUACACUGAACUACGAAGGUAUGCAUCAUAAGCUGCACUUGACCGAGUUGUAUCUCGAUGUGACUCUCUUACUGAUGCUCGUUUGGUUCCUGAAUAGAGAGUUCGAGAUUAGUUAUCGUCUCAGUUUCUAUAGCAACGUUGUUGCGAAUCGGGACAAGCAGCGCGUUCAGAAUAUGAGGAAUCAGGCCGACUGGCUACUGCACAAUAUAAUACCGCGGCACGUCGCCGAUCAGCUCAAAAAUACCGCCAAAUAUUCGGAAAAUCACAAAGACGUAGCCAUCAUAUUCGCGAGUAUAAUUAAUUUUAACGAGAUGUACGACGAAUCAUAUUUAAAAGGUAAAGAGUAUCUGAGAAUACUCAACGAACUGAUAGCCGACUUCGAUGAACUUUUAGAGAGGCCACAGUUCCAGCACGUCGAGAAAAUUAAAACAAUAGGCAGUACGUUCAUGGCGGCCAGCGGCCUCAACCCCGACCUGAGGCACGCGUCCCGUGGCACGUACGACCACCUCUAUCAACUCAUGGAUUUCGCUUUAGAAAUGCAGAAAGUGGUCGACAAUUUUAACCAUGAUUUAUUCGAAUUCGAUUUCAUAUUAAGAAUCGGGUAUAAUUUUGGGGACGUCACGGCUGGCGUCAUCGGAACUACGAAACUGUAUUACGAUAUAUGGGGUGACGCAGUGAAUAUUGCAUCGAGAAUGGACUCGACCGGGGUGCCGCAGAGAAUACAAGUCGGGGAAGCUUGCGUUCCCGUGCUGUCCGCCAGGUACGAGUUCGAGCCCAGAGGCAGUGUCUAUGUGAAAGGGAAGGACGACAUGAAUGUAUACCUGCUCGUAGGAAAAAAAGAUACGUAGAUUAAUGAAAAUGUACUAUACUACUUCUCUAGGUUAACGUAGUAAUCUGUGAUUUUAAUUUAAAUGCUGAAGUCGAAUUAUAGAAAUGAAAAAUAUUUAUUAUUGUACGCGUUGUGUUCUAUACGAGGCGGAUAGAUAAAUUAAUUAGUUGUUGAAAUAUAUAGCUUUUUAAAUAUAGUGAUGUUUACGGAAUUAACUUGAAAAUUUUAAAAUAUAUAGAUUUAAUGAUUAGUGAAAUCUCCUUGCCUGUAACAAAAUAUCUGUGACCAGUGUUCUAGUCUCCAAAUUUUUGACGUGAUCUUUUUAAUAUAUGAAAGCCGUACGAAAGAACGACAAGAACGCUUUUAGAAAAUGUAAUCGAAUAUGUACGGUAGUUCUUAAAAUUUUGAUCACUGUCAUAGACUACAUGAUAAUUAGUAGUAACCUUCUUUACAAUAAAAAGCAAUUUUUAUAUUUGUAAAUAAACAAUACGUGACCAUUGAUGACCGGUGUGGUCUUAAAUGAUGUUUAUAUUUAUUGAAUGUUUUAGUUUGUAAGUAAAUGGUACUAAUAUAUUGUAUAUUUUUAGUUUAUAGGUGAAUCGUCGCUUUUUUUUUAAGAAUAUAUUUUAUCAAUAAUAGGGUGUCGUAAGUUAUGUAAAUUUGUAUUUAAAAAAAACGACUUAAUACUAAGAUGAUCCAUAAAAAAUAUGUUCCCUGGACAGAUCUUAUUUAAUAAAACUACCGCACUCAUUUUAUAAAUCUCUGACGAGCGUAAUUUCAUUUUAUGUGACGUCAUUCGGGGCCAAUAUAAACGAACAUCAAACCACAGAACAUACACUAAAAUACAACGAUUAGCCAGAUAUUCUGAUAUAUUAAUGUAAUUUGAAAAUUCACAAAAAUGUAAUUUAAAUAAGUAUAACUACUCAGAUUGUUUUGAUAUUAGCAUUCGGUAGCCCAUAAUAUAGAUAUAGAUAUAAAUAUAGUUGCCCAUAAUAAAUAUUGUGUGAUGGCAACCCUAACAAUUUCGUUACGAGGCAAAGGGCAAUCAAUACAGCUUAGAUAGGCGUAAAAGCGAUAAGUAAUUAAAAAUUGUGGACCGAACGUGGAUCAUGCGUGCCUCACCUCUAGUGUCAUUUGUAGGGAAAAUUAUUCUGCUUGAUAUCAUUUAACUAUGAUCACAUGCGACCGGCAAACUCUUUACUAUGUAUUGAAAUCGUAAACAGAAGAAUAUUUUGCCGUUGCCGUUGCCGUUGACUAACUACAUUGGAAAGUGGAUAAAAAUUUAAUCUACCUUAAACAAACACAGUCGUUAAAUAAAUAUUACAAGAACAGACUCGAUUUAAAAUAUUGUUUUUUUUUGUUUUUGGGAUCAUAUUAGAUAUUUUGUUAAUGUUUUUUAACGUCGAUAAAUGAUAUUUCAACUCGUACCUAUGUAUAAGACUGUUUCAACGAAAUAUUCUGGUAUUUUAAUAUAAGAAAUGUAAGGAAUUACUUCGGCUUUAAAAAUGCAAUGUUCCUUGACAUUAGACGCAUAAAGUCGGAUUUAUGUUUUAUUUUAAACACUCCCUUUAAUAUUGUUUCCUUUAUUGUUUUUGUGUUCUUUUUUUGAAAUAUCGAAGUCCAUAAUUUUAAGUCAUUAUUAUUAAAAAAAAAAAAACCUGACCAUCACACAGAUUACAUUAGAACUAAAUAAGACAAGUUUGAAUCCAGAAUAUCCGACGUUACGCCUCUAAAGUCGAGAUUUAGCUGAUCGUGCUUUGAUAAUGUCACAGUGUCAGGAAUCCUCAGUGCGAUAAGAUUGCGAACUGUCUUCGUUUUCAGGGAUAAUUUCUCACAUCAGAUAAAAUAAUUUGAAUGUAUUUACGAUACCCUAUAAAAUACGGUUUGCUCACUCGUGUACAAUAUUAGCACAGAUAGAGAUCGUUUUGCAUAACGAAAUCAAACAUAUUUAUUUGUCUUCAGUCGGAGUCUACUUUAAGUAAGUACAUUUGCAAAACAUUUUUAGUUAAUCAAAAAACUUGCAACGCAUUUAGUGUGUAAUUACGGGGACUAUUUUAUACUAACAAUUCUAUGUCUGCGAUGCCAGAAAUAAUUCUAAAUAUAUAUAUGUAUAUAUUUAAAUGUUUAUAUAUCUUAUACAGAUAUAAAUAUUUACAAGAUACAUCGGAAAUUUAAUUCUAUAUUCGGUAGACGUACUUCUAACUUAUGAUGAAAGCCUUAAACACUAUACAUUCCAAUUGUAUUUAAAAAUAAUAUGCCUUCGAUUUGUUCUAUUUUCCUCUAUGUAAUCGUCGAAGGGAAUGUUCUAUGAACUGCUGAUUAAUAAAAGACUGUGUGCAAGUGGCCGUAACAAAAACACUUCUGGGUGCAAAGAUAUUGCAACAAUGAACUUUUACAAAAUCAUACGCUGAUGAAUCGAGAGAGUCAGUUGUUGCAAAAUUAUAAAAGUGAAAUUAAACGAAGAUACGCUCUCAUGCUGGCGAUCGAAAUGCAAAUUAUAUAUUUAAUAAUGUCAGUUAAAUCGAGAGGCUGCCUAUGCUAUUUAGUGUUUUUAAAAUUUCGUUCGAAGAUAUCAUGGACAUGGCGACACCGAGUAGGGUGGCACAUUUGAAGUCCGACGUAACGAGAUAUUUUUUUUCCUACCUAAUUGUGUAGCCUUGAGAGGCUAUGCCAGUGUAACCUAACGUGUAGGUGGGCUCUCGGGGCUCUAACUUGGAGGCGUUGCUAACACUAGCCCUAGCAAGAGCAGUGCUUCGCAGAAUGUACCACUGGAUCGGAAACGCGACCCACUGAGAAGAUCCGGCGAGAAACUCAGUGGGCCGUAACGAGCUAAAACAGGUGUGAUUUUUAUCUUUAGUAAUCUAAAAGUUUUUGAAAGUGUUUUAUCGACACUGAAAAACUUUUGGAUCGAGCAAUGGUUUUGUUACGUGCAUUGCACCACAGAAAUUCGGACCAAAUAGAAAAUUCGUGAAUUGCUUGCUCUCUUCGUAUAUCUCUCCAUAAACGUAUUUAUAUAAAUGUGAUAUAUAUAUAUAUUGGCGAUAUAUAUACUAUAAAUUGAUAUUGAAAGUCAAUCGUUUUUUUUGUGACUAAAUUAUAUUAAACAGCAAUAGCAUGAGGCCACAUUUUGUAUCGAUAUUUAGACGUUUAAUGGGAAGUUAUAAAAGACUGAAUGUUUUUUGAGAUUGUGUGGCGUUCGCGCAUAUGACUGUAUGCUAAACUGGCUGCUUGGGAUAAGGGAAUGAAAAUAAUAGCCUUGUUUUGUUUGCAUUGUGCGGGUGUGCUAUGCGUCGAGUUGGAGAAAUCUUGUUCAAGACUGACGCCCGUUGGCCUUGGAUUGCCAAAUCAAGACAGGAUUUAAUGGUGGAUUGUAUUUUUAUGAAAUGAAUUACUGCAUUAAUUAAUCAAUGUUGCAAUACAAAAUGUGGCGCUUGUUACCUUCUAUACCGUAACGUACGUUUAAAUUUAAGUGACAAACUUUUACCUACUUAUGUAGAGCUUAAAAAAUUUUUUUUUUCUUAUUUACUUCAACAUUUUUGCACUAUAGUAUUUUCUUCGGUUUUCGCAAGUCGUUUUAUUUUAAAAAUACUUUUACGGCCACUAAAACUGUUAUGUAUGCGAAACGUUGGAAAUAAAUCGUAAAAGUAGUUUUAAAUUAUGGUUGGUAUUACAUAAUUUUUUUUUUAAAUAUACUUAAAAUUUAAUAUCAUGUCACUUUUGUUUUCAAUGUCUACUUGUAUGUUUAGAUUUCGUAGACGCAACAUUUAGGGAUGCUAACAAUAAAAUUGAUCGUAAAAUAUUAGAGAAUAGAUCUGAACGUGGCCUUCAUAAUUUACAUAUUGACUGUCUAUGCUUUUAAUAUCGGAAUCCUACUUAUAUUAUUAUGAAUACUUUCAGUUAUCGAUAUUCGAUUAAUGUUGCUGACACUUCAAGAUUUAAAAAUUCAUUUACUUAAAGUAUUUUUUUUCUUUUAAUUGGUGAUGACAUUAGUCAUUAAAAAAGGCUAACUUUCCAAAUCAUUUUAACGCAUAGGUACCAAAUCUCCUCAAUCGCUGAUAACAAAAAAAAAAUUGAUUGCCAAUCAGAUAAGAAAAAUUACACAUAAUUGUUUUUACCUAUUUAUGUACAGAUUGUGAUUGAUUUAAGCAUACAUCUUCUCAUUAAAUAGUGUAAAGUAGAAUCGCUGCCUAACUCUUGUUUUGCUGCUUGUUUUUUCUAAACUACAAAGCCGAUUUUGUACGUUAUUCAUGAAUAAAAAGAGCUACUAACAAAGAAUGUUUUGUGUAUAUUUUGGACAAAUAAUCUAAGUUAUUAUUACGUUGUGUUGUAUCGGAGUUGUAGUGAAAUAGACCACAUGGGUCUCUUAAUAGCUUCGUUUGUAAUAAUCAAUCAUGAAAAUAGACAAUUGAAGGAUAAGUAAUAAGUCAUUUUAUGGUUAAUAAUUUUUAUUAGUUUUGUUUACUACAUUUAAAUAUUUAAUUGCUACGCUAUUUUAAUUUAAUGAAUGUGAAUGAAUGAUGAAUGAAAAUACAUGAUCUUGAAUGCAUUUUUUAUUGUUGUGAAAUGAAAAGUAGAUUUUUUCUAUGAGUCCUAUAAAAGAGGCCAUAGCUUUAUUGUGCCAAUAGAAACAUGUCCUUGUGAAAUUGGAAAGGCCUCCAGGCCACCAGAAAAACCUCAAUCAUAAAAAAAAAAACAAUAGAAAAUAAACACAAAUGGAAAACAUUGAACAAAAUGAUACUGGUAAGAGGACAAGAAUGAUCUAAAGAAUGAUAUUAACCGCGGUGUAAUUAUCGAUUGAAAAUAUGUAUAUAUGCAGGAAGAUUUUAUUGUAAAAUGCAUUCUAAAAAUUGUUGCGUCUACGUAGAUUGUUCUAGAUUGUAUUCUUUUAUUACCCACAAUCAUGUAACGAGGUGUACGGACUGUAAUUAGUGUUCAGCCUUAGAUGAAAUAAACGAUUUUUAAACUGUUGACUAUUUUGGGAUUGCUAUGAACCAAAAAGAGCUUUACAAAUAAAUUUGUAUUCCUUGCCAGUUUUUGUGUCCAUUAAAAAUAGAAAUUCUAUAACUUGUUUAAAAA